AUGUCAACCUCCACCUCCUUCCUUAAUCCUUCUUUCUCGCCAUGCGUAUAUGUCGCUGGGAGAUCUGCCGAAUCUGUGCCUGCUUCUUAUCCUGACAGUGUACCUACAUAUUACAUACUGCGGUAUGGCUGGCCGGCGAGCGUCUUGGUCUUGGUGUCUCCCGCCGACUACACCCUUGUUACUAUAUUACGGUCAAGCCAGUUGCUCGAGCUCGUUGAUUCCAAAUAA